GGUUAGAUGUUGCUGUGCAAGUUUGCCUAUGAGAGUAUGUGCCAACCUCUCAGUUCUGCUGUCAUAGAGCUGUGACAGUAACAUGACAGAGGCUUGGUUUGUGUAGGCUGCCUUGGAGUCUGACUGCUUCAUGAGAGAGCAAAGUUUGAGGGGGCUGAAAUAAAAGAGCCUGAAAAGGUCAGAAAAGUCAAGGGACGAGAGCAUUUGGAAGCAGCCAGGUGAAAAAGUACGAAUGGGGACAAUCUCGGGUGACAUCAGGAGGCUUUUGGAUGACUGUGAGCUGUUUGUGUCAGACAUCCUGCAGGAUGAGAACCUCAGUAAACAUGCCAGAGAGACGCGGGACAUCUUACUGAAUAACUUCAGGGUGGUCCAUGCUAGAAAUCCUCAGGAAUUUCCCUUUCGAUCGGACUCCAGGCAUGAAGACAGUUCUGAUGACAACCAGAGUUCCAGUUUGGGUCGCUCGGCCCCCUCAGACGACGCCUCAGUCGCCUCUGACUACCAAGAUGAAGGAGCUCCAGAGUUCUUUGAGGAAAUCCCCCCUGUGGCAGCCCAGGAACUCACCAACAUCUUGAAGCAAGGCUACUUGGAAAAGAAACGACGAGACCACAGUUUCUUCAGCGAGUGGCAGAAGAGAUGGUGCGUCCUGAACAAUACGAUAUUCUACUACUUUGGGAAUGAGAAAGACAAACAGCAGAAAGGUUCAUUCUAUAUUAAUGGCUACAGUGCAGAACUGGCACAGAACCUGCGCAAAGACUCCAAAAAAACAGCUUGUUUUGAGCUGAGCGCCCCUGGACGGCGGACUUACCAGUUCACUGCCAGCAGUCCUCGAGAGGCCAGAGAAUGGGUGGACCAGAUCAAUUUUGUAUUGAGAGAUCUCAGCUCCAGCUUCAUCCCUUUCGAUGAUGAUGAGGAAGAGGAAGAGGAGGAGCAGGAGGAGACCUAUGAUGACAUUGAAGGGGUGACCGGCCCUCCCCCGCCACGGCCCGGUGCUGCCCGAGCCUCCCGGAGCAACCAGGAGGAGUGGAGGGGUAGACAAGGAGGACAGGAGACAGGAGGUGAUGAGGAAGAGGAGGAGGAGGAGGAUAUCUAUGAGGUGCUGCCAGAGGAGGAUUUUGCAGAUGCUGUGGAGGAGAGCAAUGAGAAGAACACCAAGUCAGCUUGGUCAUCAGAUUAUGCUAACUACUACCAGGGUUUAUGGGAUUGCGAGGCCGACGAGCCAGACGAGCUGACCUUCCAGAGGGGAGAUCUCAUCUACAUCAUUAGCAAGGAGUACAACAUUCAUGGUUGGUGGGUUGGCGAGCUGCACGGUACUGUUGGUAUUGUCCCCAAGGACUUCCUGGCCCCUGCCUACAUCCUCUGAGCCCCAACAGAGCUGCUGGUGACACAUGUGCCCAUGAAUUUAAGAAGCAACCCCAUCAGAUCAUCUUUUGUAAUCUGAAAAUUAUUAUCUUUCAUAAGAUUGUAUAUAAUAUCUUGUAAAUCUGCUGCAAUACUACUUUUUCAUGUGGAAUCCAUUUAUAAAGGCCUACUUCAUAUUCAUGAGCAAAUGGAUGGUGGACUGAUACAUUUGUAAGUUGAUUGGUUAAAAUGAGUGAAAUUCUGAAUAAUAUGUUAGCAUAUUGUAAAUAAUUUCCUCUGUUGAGGUAAUGUAAAGGUCACGUCAUUGCUAAAAUACAUCAAAUAAAUUGAACAGAUGCUGUGUACAGCAUGAGAAGUAUGUCAGCUCACAUUCUAUUUAAUCUAACACAAAAUUUCUAAAAGGAAUCACAGUAACAUACUGCUGUUGGCAUAGAUGAUCAAUUUAAUUUUGAGUGUGGUUAUUCAACUUAUUGUUUCAUUACCAAUCACUAGGUGGCAUUCAUGCUCAAAUGUCUUGUUUUAAAAAGCAUGAGCUGGUGUGUUGGGAAUAACAAGUACGACAGGAUCUGUCAU